AUGUGCCAGUUCCUCCUCGUGGAUCGAUCUGCCAUGGCGGCUCCAUAUACCCAAAGGUUAAUAGGGAAAACCCCGGCUUGGCGGCUCCUAAAGGACGACCAGGAUGAUCCUUUUCCUAUUUAAUUAUUCCUUCCUUACACGUUGAUGUUCUCUUCGCCUGCAAUCUCUAAUCGUCUCUUUCAUCUGCCAACGCUUCUUAGACAAGCAGACCCAUCAAUGUCUUCUAGAUUUGCGCACGAUGUAUUGUCAGAGGCUGGUGCUUUCGUCCGUGCACCUUCAAGUUUUCGUAAUUUUAUUUCAAAAAAUCAAGCUUCUCAAUUCCCUGCAGAAUCAGGAAGAUACCAUUUAUAUAUAUCUUAUGCAUGCCCUUGGGCUUCUAGAUGUCUGUCAUUUUUAAAAGUCAAAGGACUAGAUAAGGCCAUCAGUUACACGGCAGUGAAAUCAAUAUUGGAAAGGACCAAAGAGACUGAUGAGCAUUUUGGGUGGGUCUUUCCUGCUUCUAGCACAGAAGAAGCUGGGGCUGAACCUGAUCAUUUGAAUGGUGCCAGGAGUAUCAGGGAACUUUAUGAGCUUGCAAACCCGAAUUAUUCAGGAAGAUAUACUGUUCCUGUUCUUUGGGAUAAAAAUCUCAAAACAAUUGUAAAUAAUGAAAGUUCAGAAAUAAUACGUAUGUUCAACACAGAGUUCAAUGAGAUAGCUGAAAAUGCUGACUUAAACUUAUAUCCCUCUCACCUACUAGCAGCCAUUGAUGAGGUCAAUGAAUUGGUUUAUAACACCAUUAACAAUGGUGUUUAUAAGUGUGGGUUUGCUACAAAACAAGGUCCUUAUGACGAGGCUGUAGUGAAGUUAUAUAAUGCCUUGGACAAAUGUGAGGAGAUACUGAGUAGGCAACGCUAUAUUUGUGGGAAUGAAUUGACGGAAGCUGAUAUUCGACUUUUUGUAACUCUGAUAAGGUUUGAUGAGGUUUAUUCUGUACAUUUCAAAUGCAACAAGAAACUCCUACGUGAAUAUCCAAAUCUAUUCAAUUACACAAAAGACAUACCCCAAAUUCCCGGCAUCAGCGGCACCGUUAACAUGGAACACAUAAAGAAGCACUAUUAUGGAAGCCAUCCUAAUAUUAAUCCUCAUGGUAUCAUUCCAAUUGGUUCCAACAUAGAUUACUCUGCUUCUCAUGACAGAGAUAGGUUCAGUAAUUAACAUUGUUUCUGCUUACCAUCGUUUGUAUUAAUUAGUCUUGUCAAAAGGAGAGAUAAGGUCCUUGAUAUAUGCUGCACUCUAUGUUUGAUUCUGACUCGUUUGUAUUAUUUAAUGUUUGCUGUGACAUAUAUUUGUCUGUUUAUGUGUUACUAAAAUAAUUGCUCUUCCCCCUGAAAUGUGUUAUCUUAACAUGUAGGAAGGCCUCUUAUUAUUACUAUUAU